GGCCACAUCCACGUGGGGACCGGUGUCAGAGGUCUCCCCCGCUGGCGCUGCCCGUUUGGGGUAGCGCCAGACGAGCCGGAUACACAAGCGUUCGCUGCCCGUCGACUUCAACGCAUCCUCAAGGCCCCGCCGUUCCCUCAAGCUAUGUGAGUGUCUCAGACUGUUACUUUGACUCAGAACUAUGCUUGGAGGACGUAUGGAGGAAAUUCGUACGGCAGGAGAGGGUGGAUGGGAUGUUGAGCCCUUGGAUGAGGAUGGUACACCGAUAUGGAGUGGGAGCUGACUCUGCCGUUUGCGCACAGCCGGAACAAGUGCGACAGACGUUCGCACUUCCGACCUCCAACCGCCUUCGCCCAGCAUGAUCAUUUCCAAGCCCCACCGGCGCAUCAUCUACGAGUCCCUCUUCAAGGAGGGCGUUCUUGUGGCUAAGAAGGACUACAACGCGCCCAAACACGAAGAGCUCGAUGUGCCUAACCUCGAGGUCAUCAAGGCCAUGCAGAGCCUCACCUCCAAGGGUCUCGUUAAGACCCAAUUCUCCUGGCAAUGGUACUACUACGCGCUCACGGCGGAGGGUGUUGAGUUCCUCCGGGAAUGGCUGAACCUGCCCGCCGAGAUUGUGCCCGCCACCCACAAGAAGGCGGUUCGUCCUCCCCGCCCCGCACAGGUCCGUGGCCCCGGAGGCGAGGGUGCGUACCGUGCCCCCCGCGGCGACCGGGACGACUACCGGAAGAAGGAGGAUGCGCCUGGCGACUACAGGCCACGGUUCGCUGGUGUCGGCCGUGGUGCCCCCCGGGAGUAGACGAUUGUACGCUAGCGCUGGUCACACAUUGGGCCGCUGGGAGCGGUGGGUCGGAUCGCUAUGAUGAGUAUAUGGUUGCUACCUGCCGUCCGUCGCAAAAUUGUAGUAUGAGCACACCCAUGCCUCGCUUAUGCUAUUCACGAUGCUUUCCUCUGCAUUACAUUGAGCUGUACGUCUUAUCCGAACCCACUUGCAACAUUCCUUAUCGCCUUGUGA